AUGCCCCUUGCGGCGCCGAGCACCUCUAGCAGGGCUCGGCAAACAUCUCUAGCUUCUUCCUUACCUCCUACACCUGCCAUUCGUCGACCCCAACACGGGAACCCUUACAGUGCACGUCUUUCCGACACCAGCACCCUUGAACCACCACGUCGGUCUCGGAGCAUCCAAUUUUUUCAAGCGACCUCGCCCCGCGUAGAGCCCCGACAGGGUUCGUCUUCGGCAAACCGGCAACAGCCUCUACCGAGAGGCUGGCGUCUGUCCACGAACGGAUACGUGCUGCGCCCGGGUGAGGUCGAUUUUUUCGAGGAGGAGGAUAGGAAGGAGCAGGAACGGAAGGAGCGGAGGGAAGCACAGCUGGUCCGCGUCGCAGAGGCGCGCGAGAGGCGGGCUUUGGCGCGGGAUCCGACCGAAAGGUCUCGCCUAUUGGACGAGCGAUAUCCCAUGCUGCCAUUCGAAGGGACACAGUUCUGGGAGGCAGGGCUCGACGCUCACGAGCAGCAGGCUCGCUUAGCUCGUGCACGAGAGCGGUACUUCAACCUUGUAGUACGUUUGCGCUGCGAUCCGCAGAUGUACGAAGAACACCGUCACCACUUCAAACCGACAGAACGGCUUCUAGACCCUAUUCAUGACCAUACUGAGCUGGAGAACCUACGCCCGCGGCUCAAGUGCCCGUCCAUCGCUUCUAUGGCGCCGGCGUCGUGGGUGUGUGGCAACAAGUUCGUCUACAUCGACCGCCACCGCGCAGAAUUCGAAGCCGCGACGUCCGACCGAGCCAGACGCCUGGUCUAUCGCACUGUCGCGCGAGGAUUGCUCUGCCUCGCUGGCAAUAAUCCUUUCGAAUUCGACUUCAGGAAGCAGGAUAUCGAGAACGGCGAGGAAGAGCCGACGCAGGCGGAUGUCGAUGCACUCGUCACCACGAGGGGCUUGACCGCGGACGAGUGCGGAAAACGGGCAACAGUCAUCACCGGGCUGGCUUCUGACAUCAGUGCUUACUACCGACGGAAAGCAAAGCAACAUAAUCGAACGGUGUCAAUUGACCUUCAGGCCGUCGCGCUCGCCCAAGCUGCCGGCAAGACGAAGAUCACUGUCUCUACCCGCACAUCCCAAUACUACUCGACUCUAUGCUACACGGAGCGUAUCAAGAAGACUUUCGAGGAGCGCUUCCAGGCGGAGAUGCAGUCCUGGCAGGCGAAGAAGGAGGCAGCCGAGUCAGCGGGAGCCCCUUUCUCCGAGGACAAGCCGACAACCAUGGGUGUCCGUAACCGCGUUACGAACGAGUUUUGGGCAAAGGAGCCCCCCGAGUACAAGGCUAUGGUGGAGAAGAUGCACGCGGAGGAGUUGGACAGGCAACGGCGAGCGGCUCGCGAGCUGAUUAACCCCAACGCGCCGACGACGCCUGAAGAGCUCCAGAGGUUAUACGAUUCGGCUGCCCUUUACCUUCAACCGUUCGCUGACGCUGCGGCGGGGUCGUUCAAGGGUAUUGCGGCGAUCAUGAUAUGUGCCCCGAUGCCCGAAGACGGAGGAGAUCUUGGCGUUUUUAGCGUCCAUGCCAAUCCGGCGGAUUCCCUCACGAAAGCCAAGUGGCCGCAGCUCUUUAAAGAGAAGUUUCGUCAAGUGGAGAAGGGGAUGCUGGAGUACGGACAGCAUGUAUUCAGCAAGAAGACACGCAUGUCGCGAGCACUUCCCUCGACGUUGACGGGCCCUCUCGAGGCCGAAAACGAGGAUCAUUCAACACCCGAUGAGCAGGACGACAAUCCCCCCAGCGUGGACGACCUCUUCGACGACCACUUCUACGACCAUGUUAACGAUGACGAAACCUCCGGAUACGACGCGAACGAAGUUAACGACGAGCAGGGUCAGCACGAACCUGGACAACAUGAGCACGAGCAAGAGCAAGAGGACAGCAACGUCGAGGUCGCUCGCGAGGGGGACAACAACUCCUUCGCCCACGUCGACGACAGCCUUGAGCGCGAGCACGACAUGAUGCGCAUGAUCCAUGAACAGGACAACACCAAUGACUUCAAUAAUGCGCCACGUCCAAUGACCCCUACCCUCGAGGACGAGCCUCUGUUCCUCCACGCGUCAUCGCCGGCUCAGCCUUCUCGUGCAUCAUCCGUCGUCUCCAAUUCUGCGUCGCGCGCUAUCCAGGCGCCAGCUUGUCAGCAGAACCUGCCGCGAAUGGAUGAGCCGCAUGCGCCAUCGCAGGCGCUGCCUCCGCCGCCGAGCGCUUCUCUGCAGCCGGUGCUGCGUACGGCCGCUACGCCCACGGCAAUCGGCUCCCAUCCGAACGUUCCUCCCAUCAUCCACGACAUAUGGAAGCUGAACGCGAUGCCGGCGUGGUCUGAGCACGUACGCCUGGCUGUCACAGCUUGUAGGCGCGGACAGUCUUGGGCAACGGCUUUCGGAGAUGCCGUCAAGUCGUACGUCGAGUUUGAGGAGGCGCAUGGCUUUCCAGCGAAGGACGCGGGCCGCAAGGUCAUCAGUGACAAGAAGACACGCCCGCCCCAGUAUGCUGCUUGGCUCAAGAUUGCCCGCCCCUACGAUCGCCCAAUGCUCAUCAAGGACAUCGACGAGUACACUCAGCAGUGGUGGGGCUGGCUGGCGGCACACCUUCCCGAAGGGCUCCGCAACCAGAACAGCUACUUGCUCGACCUGUCGCGCGUAGAUCUCGCCGACGCGACGACCUGGAAUGGACUGGACAAGGCCUGCGGAAAGGACGGUGUCCUGCAGAUUGUGCUCUCGCUUCUCUGGUGGGGCGAUGCGGUACACGGUCACGGCACCUACACUACCACCCAGCGCGAUAAUUGGGAAGCUGCAUGCGUCGAACUGAGCGGCAUUCUCAAUGCUAUGGCCGGUGUAACUCGGAGGUCCCAGACUGGCAGCAAGAGGAUGUCAUCGGGCGAUGCUCCUCCGCCCCCGCCUGCUAAGAAGCGCAAGCAGCAGGAGUCGAAGGCUGCGACGCCAUCUCACGUUAGCCGUGCCUCAACUUCCACCUCUUCGUCCUCUCGCCGCCGCCGCCGCUGA